CAUUUUAUUUAUAUUGAUGGCUAGAAACUUGUUAGUUGAAAUACGCAAUAGCUUAUGAGGAAGCUUGUUGGUUGAACAGAAAAACGUGAAUAGCUCUUAUCGACGAUAAGAAUCCAAUUAAAUACAAUUUUAUGACGCAGUGGUUUUUUAUUUUCAAAAGAUUAUAAUGUUUAUAAAGAUAACGCGCCAGGCUAUCUCAAAAUAAUCGUUACACCAACGCGACGAUAACGAUAACAUGUUUAGGCAUCGUCGUGCCGAAAUACAACUCUGGGCUCACGCAGACUUUUUCACGACAACAUGGCGGCGAGACUCACACACACACAAGCACCGGGUCACUCGUAAACGUUUGCGCAAAGAAUAGACUGCAAAAAUUUGCGGCGUCCAGAAAAUUAAUAAGUUUUGCAUACUAAAGUGUAAAUAAACAGUUUAAAAAUGUCGAUCGGUGUACCUAUUAAGGUGCUGCACGAGGCUGAAGGCCACAUCAUCACCUGCGAGACCAUUACCGGUGAGGUCUACCGCGGCAAGCUUAUCGAGGCUGAAGACAACAUGAACUGUCAAAUGACACAAAUUACGGUUACAUACCGGGAUGGGCGCACUGCCAAUUUGGAAAAUGUUUAUAUUCGCGGCUCAAAGAUUCGUUUUCUCAUACUGCCCGACAUGCUUAAGAAUGCGCCGAUGUUUAAAAAGCAGACCGGCAAAGGCUUAGGAGGGACAGCUGGCCGCGGCAAGGCGGCAAUACUACGAGCACAGGCACGUGGUCGAGGCAGAGGCACUGGUCCACCCGGUGGUGGAGGACGAGGCGGCGGCGGUGGACCCCCGGGUGCUCCUGGAGGCGGUGGACGCGGCGCCUGGCAAGGCGGUCCUACUGGCGGACGCGGUCGCGGCGGCUUGUAAACUGAACGCGAUUACUACGACUAUCAUAAGUUAAGGGCAAUAUUUUUAGUGGGCGGGCGCAAACAAAAUGUACUAUGUUGAAAAUUUAAAUACACGAACGGAAAACUUAGCUGCUUCUGAUUCUGCCUGUAAGAAGAGAUGCCCAGCACCGAAUUAAAUGGACAAGCUACAAUACAUCAUAUAAUAGUAAUCAUGUAGAAAACGUCGCUCUUCGAAUAUUAUACAAAGAGAGCAAUUCCAUGACAGUAUUAAAAUGAAUUUAAACUUGACUGUCGACGGAUAGCUCUCUUCAUUUCGCUAUUCGGAAAAAGGAUCUAAUUCUAAUGGGAAGACAAUUGACAAGCACUAGCAAGUGUAAGACAAAUGACAAGUUAGUUAGUUAGCGUAACGGUCGAAUAUCAUACAAAGAGAGCAAUUCCAUGACAGUAUUAAUAAAAAAUAGCUGGACUGUCGAUGGACAGCUCUCUUUAUUCACUUAUUCGCUUUGUCGUAUAAAGACGGCGGUUAAUAAACACACAAAAAAGGAGGACACAACACAGACAAAUACGCUACGUAUGCCGGGUCGGCGUUAUACUAUAUAGUAAGUAUUACGUACAUACAUAUGAAUGUAUAUAGUCGAUGGCAGCUGAAAAACAAACUGCGCAAUUGGCAAACGCUUUCAAAUUGAGAGCGCUUUUUAAAAGAGACAAGAGUCUGAUGAGCAGGAUGGUCUUUAAUAAGUGGCAAUUGAGUAAAUCGAUGGCACGUGCAAAAUAUGAAGUAUGUGUGUUGUAUGUACAUAACUUGGAUGUUAAACAUC